CUGCAGCAUCGAAUUGUUUUAGCCUGAGUCUGCACAAAAUCGUUCAACCGGCGCUGGAGAAGACGUUUCACGGUCCAUACAUAUACCCACGCAACGGCUGAUGCGAAGAGCCGCUCGAAAUCCGUGCGCGCGCGGCCGUAAACGCUGGAUGUCUGUCAUGGAACCCAGCUAGCUCCCUGCCGCAUAUGGCCCCUUUUGCGCUGAGCGAGGGUCGGCCCAUGCCUCAGCGCCGGCGCCGGCGCCCGCGCUGGCCGUCGCUGAGGCCGCGGGCGUCUGUCCAGGGCUUUUGGCCCUGCGUCGGCGUUCUUCCCGACUCGGGGCCGCGGCUAGGCGUCGGCCCCGGCGCCGGCGCGGGCGUUGGGCUCAGGUGACGGCCAGGCAUCUGCGCCGUCGACGGGCAUCGCGGCACGCGUAUACACACGACGCCCAAGCCGAAACGCCGAGCGCCGCCUAACCCGUCUCAACGCAGGUGUAGCGAAACGAUGCAGGGCCUCACGCUGGCUCUCGCGCUGACGGGCGCCUCGGCGCUCGUCGCGCCGGCGGCGCCGCGGGCAGCGACCGCGCUCAAGGCCGCCGACGAGGUGUUCGACUACUCGUCCAUCGCGGGCGGCGAGUCCGGGUUGGGCGGCCGCUACGACUUCGACCCCAUGAACUUCGCGGGCCGCUACCCGGGCAUGGUCCCGUGGUUCCGCGAGGCCGAGCUCAAGCACGGCCGCAUGUGCAUGCUCGCGUCGAUCGGCAUGGUCGUGCCCGCGUUCGUGCGCGUGCCGGGCGAGCAGUUCCAGGGCUCCUACACGGGCUGGGAGGCGCACGACCGGCUCGUCGCGUCCGGCGCGAUGGGCCAGAUCCUCCUCUUCGUCGGCCUCUUCGAGACGCUCGCGGGCAUCCCGGCCUGCGUCGCGACGAUGAACGGCGACCGCGAGCCCGGGGACUUCGAGUUCGGCGGCAUCUUCAAGCCCACGGACCCGGUCCAGCUGCGCCGCAAGCAGAACGCCGAGCUGAAGAACGGCCGCCUCGCGAUGCUCGCCUUCUCGGGCCAGGUCACGCAGGCCGUCCUCACGGGCCACGACGCGCCGUUCCUCUACUAGAUCCUGGAUGUUGGGUCUGAAUUUCUUAUGGCCGGCGGGCCGCGUUUCCCCCCGUGCGUGGGGAUCUGGUGUUUAAGGACUGGAUAGUCUA